CGCACACGGCCGGCGACCGCGACAGCCACAGCCACAGCGCGAGCUCCCGGCUCUAGGCAAGGAGGAACUCAGACAUGACCAGGAAGAUCUUCACCAAUACCAGGGAGCGCUGGAGGCAGCAGAAUGUCAACAGUGCCUUUGCCAAGCUGCGGAAGCUCAUCCCUACUCACCCUCCAGACAAGAAGCUGAGCAAAAAUGAAACUCUUCGCCUGGCAAUGAGGUAUAUCAACUUCUUGGUCAAGAUCUUGGGGGAGCAAAGCCUGCAGCAAACAGGAGUGACUGCUCAGGGAAACAUUCUGGGGCUCUUCCCCCAAGGACCUCACCUGCCGGGCCUGGAGGACAGGACUCUACUUGAUGACUACCCAAUUCCAUCUCCUGGCCCAAGCCAUCACAUUCCCUAGAGUGGUCCUGACUGUCAUAGCCCAGAGUAGCUCUCACUCAGCAGUCACUGGAUGCCUACAACAUUUUGCAUGUUCGAGUCAACUUGAUGAAUAAUUUGUGAGCCUGAAUUUAAGCUUCACAGGAGCCGGCUUCCCAAUAGCUGCAGGGAGCUGAAGGGGAGCCACUUUGGAGUUCACCAUCCCCAGGUGUGUCAGGAGAACAGCCUGCCUCUGUUCUAUAAAUGCAGAUUCUACAUAAGACUUUUGAGGAAAAAAAAUUGUAGGUUGACAAGAAAUUUGAAAAUCACUGUUUCACUCAAUAUCUUCAGUUAGAAGAAAAGAGAUUUCUCAUAAUGCAUCUCAGACGAAUGAAUCAGAAUAAGCUUCCUCAGGCCAGCUGAUGGUGUGGUGGUCAAGGCAGCUGGAUCCCCCAUGGCUGACUGCACCGUUCAGCU